AUGAGCGGUUUCAAUCUCACGUUUUUCGGAGAAAACGAAGACGCGGAAGAAGAGUCCGGAUCAGAGUCAGCAGACGAAGGACCGCCUGAAAAGAGUCAAAAGACAGCAAAAAAGGUAUAUGCACAGCAAUUCAGACAUCAGUGGUUAGAGGAUCCAGAAUUUAAGGAUUGGUUGGUACGCCCGCGUCCUGGGGAAAAUGCUUGCUCCUGCAAAUUGUGCAACAAGUCAGUAUCGUGUCGGAAGACUGCUCUUCGACGACACACUCAAUCUGCACAACACAAAAGGGCACUUUCAGAGAUAGCGGCUGGACAAAGACAAGGCAACCUUGUUGAAUGCCUACAACGUCAAAACGAAAUCACCACCUAUAAAGAAACAACAGAGGCUCGAAU